CGCACGGGAGGCUCGUCAGUUGAGCUCAGUGAGAAACUGAAGCAAGUUAUGAAUGGCUGCUGCUGUGAAGCUUCAAAUUAAAACAAGGUAGGCUGAACUAUCCCGCCUGUCUCGACUCUCCACGACUCCACUUCCAGUCAGGUGGUUUUUUAAUGAGAGUUGCGCAGAGACGCGGCUCAGGGCGCAAAGACUGCACACAUAUCUACAGCUCUGAAACAGCUUCAAAUCAUCAUUCUGGCUAUUGGUGAUAACAGUGUAGUUUUAUUAGUGUGCACAUAAUCCAGCACGGGGCUCUCGGUUACUCAGUGUAUUCGCUUUGCACCCUCUCAUUCCCAUUACGCACAGGAGAGCGCUCACAUGCCUUCUGGACGAGCCAUCCUCGCUGACAUGGAGCAGCGCGCAGGAAGCCAUGGUCACUCAUGAGGACCACACGGAGGGCGGCGGGUAAACACGAGCUCCUGGCCUCUUCCGUUACCUCAACAAUUUGCUCCUUCAAUUUCCCUGCGUGCGUAAAAUGUCCUACUGAUCAAAUUAUCAGGCUAGCGCCGGUUCGCGUCCUCCACAGGCGGAGGAGUGCGCUCUCGUCCCUGAAGAAGUUCCAACACUUCCUCCCUUCUUCUCUUCUUUUUCUUUUUGCUUCUGUGAAUAUAUAUCUUUUACUUUCCAUCCGAGCUGGGCAGCGGGGUGCUCCCAGCAUGAUGGCCGCUGCGCCCUGAGGGGAGAUGGAUUUGGAGGUGAAGGAUGCGAACGCGUCGGACUGUUUGUCCCGGAAUGAGAGCGACCGCGGACUUGUCGCUUCCUCCGGUGGAAUGUCCACUGCGCUGGCCAGCGUGCUGAUCUUCACCAUCGUGGUGGACAUCCUGGGCAACGUCCUCGUCAUCCUGUCCGUGUACAGGAACAAGAAGCUGAGGAAUGCAGGCAACAUCUUCGUGGUGAGUCUGUCCGUGGCCGACCUGGUGGUGGCGCUGUACCCUUACCCCCUGGUGCUGACGGCCAUCUUCCACAAUGACUGGACCAUGGGCGACCUGCACUGCCAGGCCAGCGGCUUCGUCAUGGGCCUCAGCGUCAUCGGCUCCAUCUUCAACAUCACGGCCAUCGCCAUCAACCGCUACUGCUACAUCUGCCACAGCCUCCACUACGACCGGCUGUACAGUCUGAGGAACACCUGCUGCUACCUGGGCCUCACCUGGCUGCUCACCGCCCUCGCCACGGUGCCCAACUUCUUCGUGGGCUCGCUGCAGUACGACCCGCGCAUCUACUCCUGCACCUUCGCCCAGACGGUCAGCUCGUACUACACCAUCUCCGUGGUGAUCAUUCACUUCCUGAUCCCGCUGCUGGUGGUGUCUUACUGCUACAUGAGGAUAUGGGUGCUGGUGAUUCAAGUGAAACAUCGGGUCAAACCGGAGCUAAGGACUAAACUGAAACCGAGCGACGUGAGGAACUUCCUGACUAUGUUUAUAGUGUUUGUGUUGUUUGCCGUGUGCUGGGCUCCGCUGAAUCUCAUAGGCCUGGCUGUGGCCAUAAACCCUGUGAAGGUGGCGCCCCACAUUCCUGAGUGGCUCUUUGUCAUGAGCUACUUUAUGGCGUACUUCAACAGCUGCCUCAACGCCAUCAUAUACGGACUUCUAAACCAAAACUUCCGCAAAGAGUACAAGAGGAUCCUGCUUUCUCUUUGCGUCCCGCGUCUGCUCCUCAUGGAGACGUCCAAGUGUGCCACAGAGGGACUGAGGAGCAAGCCCUCGCCGGCGCCGACCAACAAUAAUGUAGCGGAGCUAAAUGUAUAAACAGCGGUUAUUAUCCAGAGCCUCGUUGUGGGUGUGUGUCAUGAUUCACAAAGUGCCUUUUCACAAGAUGUGUAUCAUGUAAAGAGAUGAGCAUGUUUGAAGAGGACACUGCUUCCACUGUUUUCCUUUCAGCAAUGUCAAACACCACAGUUCCCUCAUGUUGAGAGGAAAACGGUCAGUGUUAUCAUUGUGCUGUGUAAUAACAGCGCCCCCUGCUUUCAAUUCAAAGACUAACCGGUUAACGUGCAGAAAAAGAACGUCCAAAGACUUUUCAGUAUUUAAUGAAAAAGUCAUUAGGACCAUGGAGGGGACUCAGCUGGGAGACGAUUUUCUCUUAAAAUCUCUCACAGAGUCAGAACAUACCCUAUCGCCUAUUUUUGGAUGAGAGACUUGCCAUCCCGGCAUGUGUAUGUCACAUGCUCUGCGUAUUUGCACAGUUAUGAGCAGGCCCACAUCAACGACGUGCCGUAAAGAUGAAAUAAAAAAAUGUAUAAUCAAUCGCCACUGUGUCUUUUUGCGCUUUUUAAUGCAACAUUAGUAUCGAGAAAAUCCAAAGAAUUGUUGUUUCCCUUCAACGACACCCGACCAACUGAAGCUCUUAUACUCGAUUCCCGCUUCAAUUUGGAUUUAACGUUAUAUUUAAUACUUCAAAUACGCUUCCAGCCACAGUCUGAGCUCUGGUGAAAUCUGAAUCUCACGUUUGAUUUUCAGCACUUAUGAGUAUCUGAGGCUCGUACUCACUGGGCGUAUAGGCUGUAUUAAUUCAUCAGUAUGUCCUUACACCCCCGGGCUUGUCUUCUGAGCAACAUUGCUUUCACAAAAACACACUGGGAAGAUUGUCGAAGGUGAGAAACUCGAAACCAGUGCAGAAGCUACAAUUUCAGACCUGGCUUUGUGUGCUAAUAGGAAAAGGCUUGCAUUGUUGUCUGUAAAACCCAAUUGUCUCAUACAGUUUCAGACAAUUCUUCCGGGAAAACAAAACUGUCUCUUAACUGUGCAGCUAUGUAUCAGUUUAUCCGGCUGCAGACUUCAAGGGCCCCAGGCGGCCCCUAGGGGCAUCCGCAGAACCUGGGUGAUUUAGAAAUUUGAGAAUUGAGAAAAAAGGCGGAAGAUCAGAUGAUAAAUAAAAUGAGGUUUCUUGUUUAUUAAAUGCCCUGGGCACACGAUAUGCAUCAGGAGUCAGAGAUGUAAUUUCGUGAUAGUGCGAGUGUGCCCGAGCACAUGUCACCCAAGCCGAGAUGAGCUCUGACAGCCUCGCAGCAUAACUUCCACCCGGCAAACAAACUGUGAGCGCUUCACCUCACAGGGAGGCUCCAAGAUGUCGGUGUGACACAUUCUUGAUAAGAUGCACUGUCGCUGGAAUAUCAAAGACAUUUCACAUUUCCCAAUGCCUGAUUUAUAAAUAUUUUAGCUUUAUUUUUGUAUACUGCUGCAGCUCAGCCCGUACAGGCUGCCUGGCGGCGGCUAAAACCUCUGUGGCAGAUUGCAGACGCGGGAAUCAGAGACUAUCCGGGCCGGGAUCAUCACAUGGAGGCUCUCUCGCAGGGUCAGGUGCCAUCAGGUUUCAGAGCUGCUGCAAAAUAACCACAAAAAACGCUCCAUUCUGCUCGAAGUCUUACAAGUCAGUGUCUCUGAUGUGGAAGAAAGAAACAGCCCCCAUGCGCAGCAAGGUCAGCCACAGAUGAGUGGCUAAAGGGGCUCGAGGGAAGAUGACAGUGUCGGCUCUACCACACCAAAGAGUCACAGACUAAUGGCAGGGUCAGCCUUCUUCUUCUCCUUCCCAACCUUGCACUCUUCUCUCUCUUGCUCUCUGUAUUUAUUUAUCCUGCAUGCGCUCUCCCAAAGCUUGUGAAGAAUGACUUGACAUUUUGGAGAAUGUUCUUUGUUGCUGAACAUAUGAGAAGAUCGAUAUCGCUGCCAUAUCUGUCUGUUAGAUAUAAAGCGACAGUCGGUUCAGGUCGCUUAAAGAAAAAAGAAAAACACUAGCAGUGUCAGAGUCUCUGAUGUUGGUUUAUUAGCAUAUCAUUUAAGGUUUUUACAAAAAACAACAACUCUUCGAACUACGAAGAAUUAAUCCAGCUCACAACCAUUUGAAAAUCCAUACUUUUCAUUUUUACACUUUCAAAUUUGUCAUAAUCGUAGAGGAAAUCUCUUCAAUCCAGCUGUUUACACCAAAUAAUUCAAAUCGGAAUCCGAAUGGGGGUAUUGCUGCCAAGAAGCUUGUAAAAGGGAUUUGCUGUGGUGUUUUUUGUGCAAGCAUCAAUAUAAAAUAUAAAGAUAGGGAACUACAUACAAUAAAUAGAAAUACAAACACUUGGAUUGUGCAAUAUAAACCAAUAUAACGAAAUAGCAAUCCUACCCCUGCUGGAUAACUCCUGACACUGUACGUUUCUGCAUCUAUAUAUCUCUGUAAAAAUAAUAAUCUGUAUUUUUAACACUAAAUGUAUUGAUUUAAAAAAAGACCAAAUGACUCUGGCACGGCUCAUGUUGCUCAGAGGAUAAAUCAUCGGUACAAUCCAGAGUCCAGGAUGAAUAGCUGAAAUGACUGGUCUAUCCACCCACACUGUCUUUGCCUGUGAUUUAAUAUGAAGGGCAACAGCUCAUGGAGACAUUUUUCUUACGGUUAUGUUCAAGGACAGCGCAAUCCAUCCAUGCUGCCCUUUGCUAUAAGAUCCAUCAUAACUCAUGACUUCAUUUUGCCAAUUUCACUCACGUAUGUGGUUCUGUCAAGACGUGAAUGACGCUCUCUCUCUUUCUGAGAUGAAGCGUCCUUUUCCUUUUGUUUUGUUCUACUGCUUUGUGCCUUUCUGCAUCCAGGCCACAUCAUGAAUCCCUAUGUAUCGUUACAUACGCAUUUAAUAUGAUAAAUGAUAUAGUUUAUUGUCAGUAAUCAGAUAUAAACUCGUCCUAUCUUUUGGAAAUAUACCUAAGAGAAAUGCAGCGCUCUGCGCAGAGUAUUUAUUGCUGGACCAAGGACAAGGGGAGCAAGGCGUAAGCUGAAAUCUGUCCGAGGACAUGACACUCUACUCCCUCCACCGCCGCGUUCUCACUCAUCAACUCCUCCGUGGUAUGCGAGCGGGAGAGGCCUCGAAGAAACAAAUUCUCAUUUGUGGGAGAUAAAGAUUAUUUCCACUACAGCGGAACCGUGUCGCAAAUGUGAUUAACACAAAACGUACGAGCAAUGAGGCAUUAUAUGGCGUAACGGUGGCAUGACAUGAUGGUUCCCUUUGCCCGCUGGAUGAAGCCAGAUGUAAGUCUGCUCUUUGCACAGAGGAAUUUCUACAGCUCUCGCACAUCAUUGCAUUUUACAGCAGUGGGGUCUCACUGUGGGCCUGCUGCCACAAUAGCAAGUCCCCUAAUGGAUUUGUGCAUUGGGUUUAGCACUCCCUGUGUUCUCAUGCAUAUGAUGAGUUCCUACAUGUCCCAACGGGCUCUGGGUCACAAUACUAUCAGGAGGGUUUGGGUGUUGUGGGUCCAAGGAAGCCGAUGAGAGCAGGAAAUGGGGACGGUGGUGAUUAUGUGCUCUUAUUUUUAGAUUAAAUCAAACCCAUCAGAGAGGAUACAUCUGUAAAUGUUUCAUUAUUUCUAUUUGAAAAAAUGUUGGUUGACAAGACUGAGCCAGGCUAUUAGUUUUUGAGGAAGUAAGCAGAUCUUUCUUUGACAGUAAGUUUCAGUACCCAAAACAUAAAACUCCAUCGUGCUGCAUUCACAAUAUUAUCAGUAUUAU